GCUCAGGAGCCGCAGCCCGGCCGGCGUCUGGCUAGGGAACCGCGUCGCACCCCUCCCCCGUGCAUUCUUCAGCCACCCAGGCCUUCCAGGACUCCGUGGGGCAGGGACCAGGGGCACAGGGACACCCCCGUCAGCAGGAGCCGUCGGGGGGGCGGACCCCAGACAAAGCAAGCAGCCCCACUGGAGCCGGGCGCAGGGUCUGGGACGCGGUCGUGAGCGCAGAGGGCUGGCUGGGCGCUGCGGAGAGCAGCAGGCUGGGCCAGGCCUCCUGGGUGACAGGCCCUGCGCUGACCGGGAAGGACAGGAGACCAGCAGGCAAGAGACUGGACCUACAGUAGGGCGCUGCCUCACUCCCUUAUCUGAGUCAGGGACCCAAGGAAUGUAGAGCAACGUUCCCCUCAUCGUAAGAAAGACACUUGCUUUCCAGAGAAGCACCCUUUAUCUGAGACAGCGAGCGGGAAGGGGUCCUUGGAGCCUGGAACACCACCCACUCUCAUUUAACUGAGGUCUCUGGGCCUCACAGAGGACAGGGGGUUAGAAAGGAGGCCAGACAGCCUUUGCUGCUCCCCUGGGGAGAGAGGAAGUCCCCUGCCUGCUCCCAGGCCCAGGAGGAGCUGGGCCAGCAAGAGUGGGGCCGUGGCCCCUGAGGCGGCCAUGUCACGGCCAGGCCAGGGUGUCAUGAUGCCGGCGAGCGGGCUGGGCUUCCCACCCCAGAAUGUGGCCCGAGUGGUGGUGUGGGAGUGGCUGAAUGAGCACAACCGUUGGCGACCUUACACGGCCACUGUGUGCCACCACAUCGAGAAUGUGCUCAAGGAAGAUGCCCGCGGUUCUGUGGUCCUGGGGCAGGUGGAUGCCCAGCUGGUGCCGUACAUCAUCGACCUGCAGUCCAUGCACCAGUUCCGCCAGGACACAGGCACCAUGCGGCCGGUGCGGCGCAACUUCUACGACCCGUCGUCGGCGCCGGGCAAGGGCAUCGUGUGGGAGUGGGAGAACGACGGCGGCGCCUGGACGGCCUACGACAUGGACAUUUGCAUCACGAUCCAGAACGCCUACGAGAAGCAGCACCCGUGGCUCGACCUCUCGUCGCUCGGCUUCUGCUACCUCAUCUACUUCAACAGCAUGUCGCAGAUGAACCGCCAGACGCGCAGGCGCCGCCGGCUGCGCCGCCGCCUGGACCUCGCCUACCCGCUCACCGUCGGCUCCAUCCCCAAGUCGCAGUCGUGGCCCGUGGGCGCCAGCUCCGGCCAGCCCUGCUCCUGCCAGCAGUGCCUGCUGGUCAACAGCACGCGCGCAGCCUCCAACGCCAUCCUGGCCUCGCAGCGCCGCAAGGCGCCCCCCGCCGCCCCGCCGCCCCCGCCGCCGUCGGGAGGGCCGCCCGGCGCGCUUGCCGUGCGCCCCAGCGCCACUUUCGCCGGCGCCACGCUCUGGGCCGCGCCUGCCACCAGCCCCACCGAACCCGCGCAGCCCCCCGGGGCGCCCCCGCGGAGCCCGAGCGUCCCCAGCGGCGCGCCCACCCCGGGCCAGAACAACCUCAACCGGCCUGGACCCCAGCGCGCCACCAGCGUGAGCGCACGUGCCUCCAUCCCGCCCGGUGUCCCCGCGCUCCCGGUGAAGAACUUGAAUGGUACUGGGCCCGUCCACCCGGCCCUGGCAGGGAUGACCGGGAUCCUGCUGUGCGCCGCUGGGCUGCCCGUGUGCCUGACCAGGGCACCCAAACCUAUCCUGCACCCGCCGCCCGUGAGUAAGAGCGACGUCAAGCCUGUGCCCGGCGUGCCUGGGGUGUGCCGCAAGACCAAGAAGAAGCACCUCAAGAAGAGUAAGAACCCCGAGGAUGUGGUUCGAAGGUACAUGCAGAAGGUGAAGAGCCCACCUGAUGAGGACUGCACCAUCUGCAUGGAGCGGCUGGUCACGGCGUCCGGCUACGAGGGUGUGCUUCGCCACAAGGGUGUGCGGCCCGAGCUCGUGGGCCGCCUGGGCCGCUGCGGCCACAUGUACCACCUGCUGUGCCUCGUGGCCAUGUACUCCAAUGGCAACAAGGACGGCAGCCUGCAGUGCCCGACCUGCAAGGCCAUCUACGGGGAGAAGACGGGCACGCAGCCACCCGGGAAGAUGGAGUUCCACCUCAUCCCCCACUCGCUGCCUGGCUUCGCUGACACCCAGACCAUCCGCAUCGUCUAUGACAUCCCCACAGGCAUCCAGGGCCCUGAGCACCCCAACCCAGGCAAGAAGUUCACCGCCAGAGGCUUUCCACGCCACUGCUACCUGCCCAACAACGAGAAGGGCCGGAAGGUGUUGAGACUGCUCAUCACCGCCUGGGAGCGGAGACUCAUCUUCACCAUUGGCACAUCCAACACCACCGGCGAGUCGGACACCGUGGUUUGGAACGAGAUCCACCACAAGACCGAGUUCGGAUCCAACCUCACGGGCCAUGGCUACCCAGACGCUAGCUAUCUAGACAACGUGCUGGCCGAGCUCACAGCCCAGGGUGUGUCCGAGGCCACGGCCAAGGCCUGAGGCCCAGGCUGCCCACCGUCCUCCUGCUUUGCCCCUGCUCCGGCACAGGCCUCCCUCCACCAGCUGUGUCAUCCAGGUGGCCCAGGUUCAGGGCUGGGGAGGAACCUGUGAAGAAGCCGGAAGCCAUCCGGGAAUUUGACUGGUGGUCCUUGGGAAUGAUGGGAAGAUAGGCAGGCCAGCCAGCUCCGACCCUCAGAGGGUCGCAGGGAGAGUACCAGAAACCACAGCGACCUCCCUACCAAAAGGACAGAGCCCCACCCCACACACAAACACACGUGUCCUGUUGAACACAUGCACGCACACCCACGUGCCUCUACUUACCCCCAAU